AACAACCACCUACCCAUACAUCCGCUGAAGAAUCGCCGCGCGCGCAGAGACAGAAUAGUGCGACGCGAAUUUCUCUCACAAACAAGUAUCGAGCGGUGCGUUCGUGUUCUAGCAGGCCCCGAGAAUUAGUGUUGACAUGGCUGGGAAGAAGAGCCGAAAAGCUGCCGUUUCGGAAUCGGACUCUGAUUCGGGUCCGGAUGACCGUAAUCCACCCGCGAACGCAGCGAAAAAGCAGAAGACCGAUGAGGAGGGCAAGCCUAAGAAAAACGAGGCAGGCGAAUAUGUUUUCGAGCUUUCUAAAAUGCGGAACGUCAGCGUCAAGGAAUUCAAAGGUCGAGUUCUGGUCAACAUUCGCGAAUUCUACGAGGACAAAAACAGCGGCGAGUUACGCCCAGGCAAGAAAGGCAUCGCUCUCAGUGCGGACCAGUGGAACCGGCUCAAGGAGCACAUGAACGACAUCGACGCAGCGAUCAAAGAAUGCGCUUGAAAGAGUGCAUCGAAGGGCCCCAGGCUUCUAACUAAUGAAAACGCCACCGAAAACGUUCGACGGAAGUUUCCGCCCGCGCGAACCUUGGAUCUGAAAUCGGUCUGCGAUUGAGGCUCUAGCAUACACUUCAAUCCAUUAAUGUUAGCCGCAUUUUAAUAGCGAUGAGGGAGAUACUUUCCCGAGGUGAUCGUCACCUCCGAAUUCCCAGCUUUAUCUUAAGAUUUAGAAUGAAAACAUGGGUGAAGUUCCUUGUCAACACUUCAUCGCAAGCUU